UUUGGAUCCAAGGCAAGCGCGGACGCGGCUCAGCCACACCCCAAGUGACGACACCCGCCAGCCAGCAGGACCCACCCAGAAAGCUCAAUGUCAGCGGUCCAUCACGUUAAUUGAACCACGUCCUGGGAACAGCCAUGUGCUGAUGCUUUUUUCAGCGUCUCGGCCACCUACAGCAACCGCCGUCCUGCCGUCUGCUGUUGCCUGGCUUUUGUUUGUUUGCCGCGCGAACGCCCGUUUCCUGCCCCGCCACCGCGAGUCGCCCAACCAACGCACAGGCAGACAAACAGGUCGUCGCUUGUCGCGCGCACGUGCCAGCCCUGUCGUCGGUCAUCUCCUGCGUUACAGGUUGCGCGGAACCCAAGCCUGUCUGCCCAGCCAACGCCGGCAAGCUCACGCUGCAUUAUACAUAGCAAUUUCUUUUUUCUUCUCGUUGCUCCUUGCUUCGGCCUCGCUGCACGAACGCCUCACGCCCCGACGCGGACACCCUUUCCCGCCCGAACCCUGACUCGACCCGUCGCUGUCGAAUCUCGAGCAAGAACAUCGCCGUCGCGCCAUCAUGCCUCCUCCACCUCCCCCGCCGCCCCCUCCCCCGAUGCCCGGCCGGGGAGGGCCACCGCCGCCGCCUCCACCUCCCCCGGGGGGUGGUGGUUUCCCCGCAAAGCCGGCAGGGAACAGAGGCGCAUUGCUCUCCGACAUCUCCAAGGGAAGAGCAUUGAAGAAGGCCGUGACGAAUGACCGCUCAGCACCCGUCGUCGCAAGCUCAUCUGGCGGCGGCGGCGGCGGGCCUCCGAUCGGCGGCGCCCCACCUGUGCCGGGCAUGAUGGGCGGCGCGCCGAAGCCUCCGGGUGGCCUGGCACCGCCCGUGCCUGGUAAUCGAGGAAACGGCGACCAUGGCCGAUCCGAGUCCACAGGGUCUGCCAAUGCCUCCAUGGAUAGCGCUCCACCGCUUGCUGGCCUGUUUGCCGGCGGCAUGCCCAAAUUGAGAAAGACCGGAGGCGCAGGUGUCGACACUGGAGCGAAUCAAACCUCGUCAUUCAUGUCCGAUUCCGACUCCCCUUCCCGCCUCGUUCCGAAGCCGCCAGGCAUGAUGACACCAAGUCCGCCCGGAGGAGCUGCUCCGAGGAUCCCAACACGGGCACCCGCACCGCCCAGCGCUCCAAGCGCUCCCCCUAGCUUCCAUCCGGCCAUGGUGAACCUGCGCAAGACAAUUAGCACCGCCGACAGACCAGCCUCGAUGGCCUCGAUAGCCUCCGCGAAAGGCCCGCCGCCCCCGAUAGGUAAAAAAACCUCCGCCGCCUCCGGGUUCCCGGAAGCCUUCGUCAGCAAUCCAUCCCUCGGCCCCGCCACCUCCACUGCCCAGUUCUUUGGCGCCAAACGCUCCGCCCGCGCCCCCUCCGCCGCCUCCUUCCGCCGCGCCUCGGCUUCCCCCAGCAGCCCCAGCGCGUCAUACACCACCGCCGCCACCUCAACCAUCAAAUGGGGCGCCUUCACCCCACCUUGCCGUCCAGGCGGCCAUUCGUGCUGCCGCCGGCGCACCAAGCCCGAAUUCAGCACCGCCGGCGCCCCCUCCACCUCCGCCCUCGAGCGCACCUGCACCACCUCCGCCUCCGCCAUCUUCCUACCCAGCACCUCCACUACCGAGGGCUCAGGCGCAGCAGCAGUCACAUCAGCCAUCGCCCAUGCGCGCGGCUAUGCUUGAUCCUUCAGCUUUCACUCUUAGCCCUAAUGGGGCCACGAGCCACAGUCCAACAAGGCCCGCGUCCGAGGCAAGGCAUGGCGGGGCGGGAGGCGAUGGGCCGCUCUACGUCAACGAUGCUCGCUGGAAGUUUGUGAGCGAAGACAAAUUCCCCAAGCCCAGAGAGUUCUCGGGAGGACCCAAGCGAUAUCGUGCUGGCAGGGGUAGCAGUGUACCACUCGAUCUGAGUGCUCUCGGAUAAAGGCUAUCUGCCAGGCGCCAGACGGCAGUUUGAGGCUGCAGAAAGCCUGAUGCAUAAUACACUUGCGACAAGGAAACCCGCUCACUGUGUCAGCCCCGCGGCCUCCGCCGAGUGUGGUUCUCCCCAGGUCUAGAACAUGUGGACAAGGCGGUUAGACCUUUCCGAGACAUGAGCAUGUUAACCGGGCAUGGUCUACGGGGACAGUUCGGUAGGGUACGGUAUAAGUUGAAUGCCGUUUUGGGUAGUUGGUUUGAUCCCUUGCUAGCCGCGGCUCUCCCGAGAGUUAACUUUCCGCUGGGUAAAGUCAGGCUGCGCGGGGGGGACCGAGGAUGAUAGGCCACAUGACUUUUGGGCCGUCUCCGGAACGGCCAGGGCCGCCGAGGGCUCGGGAUGGAUGACAAAGUCAUUGAAGGAUAACAAAGCAAAGAAACAGGCAAGGAGGCGCCUGUAUGGGUGUCCGGAACGUUGUGUCAUCGUCUUCAGUGUGGAACUGCCAUCCACAUACGGUGAAAAGAGGUGCCCCUACCCUGAACGUACUCCAUGCUGGGUGCCAGCUGGUUGUGAGACUCACACAGAUAGGUUUAGGUAGUGAGUUGCCGCCUUGGUUCGCAAGGGCGGAAGAUUGUGUCAUGGAAAUCCGCAUGCGUUUUGUGUAGGUAAUUUGGAUCAGCGUUCACCACAACGAAUAUGUACCGGUUUGAGUUGGACCCGCUAUUUGGCUUUCUUUUUUAGUUGCGGCCGCUAGCUGGCCCGGAGCGGUUGCCUUUGCGCGGGGGCUGCGUCAUGGACAGGAGAGGGGAGGGCCGGUUCAUAGAUGAACAUUGACAAACUCACUGCUGGACCGCACACACCCCGGAGCGCGUACAUAGAUCGAGAUGAGGCUGUGCCGUCAUACUCCAUCGCAAGAAGAGAAGAAAAAUAUGUACUAGAUCUGCACAGGCUUGCGGUCCAACCAUAUGCCUGUCGGGCGCAGUGGACGAAACACGCCAGCUGCACAAUGACGACCUGCGCUCACCGG